AGUCCCGCCGCUCUCUCUGCCUGGGCCUGCCCGCGCAGCACAGUCCCAGUCGGCCAGUCCAUAGCCAUUCCGAUCGUCGAGCGUACCAGUCGGCCCCUCGGUCGAAGCAAGCGAGCCAAAGCACAGGCGGAGAGAAGUGGACCGCGCUACGCCAGCCGAGCAUCAGCAAGCAUCAGGCCGAUACGUCGUCGUAGCCUCCUCUACUAACGUCGUCCAAGAUCGCUGCGGACAAGGAUCGAGGCAGGCAGGGCAGUCGCGACAGCACGGACAACACGUCCAGCCGGACGACUCGUGUAUGGUGUAAGCCCGAAGUGCCUCGGAUGAACAAGUACGCUCUUCUCGCUGAUUGCUAUAUCUCUAUUUCGCCAGGAUGGCUGCAGUUUUGAGCCAGACAUGGUCCAAAAACUAAUCUAAGGAAUAAUGUAUUGUCUAUUGCAUGUGGGGGUGAGCGUUGUUGUGAUGGGGCGGGGCCACAGCUCGCUCAUGGAGCUCGGCUAGAGUCGUGCGCCCCUGCCCGGCUGCCCCCCGCCCCCCCUCUCGCCGUCGCACCGGCCCACGUAUGGAGCCGGACCAACGAGUACAACGCUGCAACAGGCCCUGCGCCUUUGAUAAAAUGGAAGCGCUGGUGCGCCUCAUGCAGGACCCGAAGAAUGGGGGCGUCCCGGUCAGAAAACAGAAGAUCCUCCUCACUUCAGUCCACGACGCCUUCAUGGGUAAGGCCCCUGUCACAGCCUAUGAAUUCAAAGGGUAUGACAUGAUAGAAUGGCUUAUGGAUAGACUCGCUAUUGAAGAAUCCGGUGAGUUAGAGGCGCUCAAUUUAGCAAACCAGCUAUGUCAGUACGGUUACUUCUUCCCAAUAAACGAUUCCAAAAACUUGGUAGUCAAGGAUGACAGCACUCUAUAUAGAUUCCAGUCUCCGUACUACUGGCCGGCGCAGAAGGGAACGCCAGACCGCAUGGACUACGCAGUGUACCUGGUGAAGAGAACGUUGCGCAACAAACAGAGACACGGUCUGGAGGACUACGAACAGGAGCAGCUCAACAAUCUCAAGUACAACCUGGCGAACAAGUGGGAAUUCAUAACGAUGCAAGCCGAAGAACAAGUAAGCAAAGCGUCCAGUUCGAAAUCGAAAGAGAAGAAGAAUUCGUGGCAAAUGAGAGUGUUUCAGGUGAAACUGGCCAAGAGUCUGAAGAAGACAGAAAAGGGAAUUGCGGACUCUCAGGAGAGGGCCUUUUGGAGGGUGCUGAGGCCACCGCCAGGGAUGACGUCGUCCCUGGAACCUUGCCCGGUGCCUAUGAGGAACUGGGACAGGCAGAGCAGGAAGAGGACUGUGGAGAACCUGAAGAGAGAGGUUGACUUUCUGAAGAAGAGUCUAACAAGAACAAGGAUCAAGAUGUCGCAGGCUUUGGAAAGCAUGGUGCAGUACGUAGAUACUUAUUCAGAAUACGAUGCGAUGAUAAGCCCAGCCCAACCUUCGAACCCUUGGGUUACAGAAGAUUCUACUUUUUGGAUGUUGAACAGCCCCCUCGUCGAGGUGGCGACGGAGAAGAGAGUGAAACGCUGGGGACUCUCGAUGGAGGAACUCGUCUCCGACCCUACCGGUAUCCAAGAGUUCACCAUCUACCUGAGCAAGGAGUUCAGCCACGAGAACAUCCGCUUCUGGAUGGCGGUAAACGAUCUGAGGAGAUCGGCGCAGUCGCAGGUUCCCGAGAAGGUUCGGCAGAUAUUCGAUGAAUUCCUCAAGCCAGGAGCGCAGUGCGAGAUAAACAUCGAUGGCAAGACCAUGGAGAAGAUCCAUCAGGAGAUGCAGAACCCCAGCAGGUUCACCUUCGACGCCGCUCAAGAUCACAUCUACACGUUGCUGCUCAAGAAAGAUUGCUAUCCCCGGUUCAUCAGGUCCGAUUACUACAAGAACCUGCUAGCCAACGGCAAACAGCCUUCCCAAAAGAAACGCUUCUUUGGCUUCGGCCCCACCAAGAAGAAGUCCUCCACGACGGCCUCUCAGAACCAGAACCUGCUGCAGCAGCAGACUUCACAAGGAGCCGCUUGUUGCAGCACCGCGCUCACCAAGAGGAGAGGUAGCGACCGCAGCUUGUCCGGUUCGGCCCACGAGCUCGCAGUUUCCGGUAUCAAAGACUCCAAAGUACCGCACUCGCACUCGCAGAGCAACCUGAGCGACAUCCCCUAUAGGGGUGAUCUGGCAAACCUACCGAAGGGCGUAUCAGCUGCUCCGAAGGUUCCUAGUCCGGUGAAGAAACCAGCUGCCGGCACGUCAACGUCCGAAGAGGUCUGCCCCUGGGAGACCGAGUCCCCCAGGUCCAGAAAGAACUCGGCACAGUCGGAGAGCUCCUCUUCGGAGAUGAGCGCCGCGGUGGCCGAGAUCUCGGAGAAGGUCCACAGGACCAACAUCCUGACCCAACAGCACACCGUGGACGGCGGCAAGAGACUGGUGGUCAACGUCGCGCCGGAUCUGCCAAGGAGGGCAUCGGUCUCGGUGCCGAUAGCCUACAGCUCGGACCCGUCCACCAAGAGGAAGGUGUCCUCUUUCGAAGACGGCGCCGGUGCGUCUUUCGUGGUUCCGACCGGCGACCCGGACAAUAAGGUGGAGCAUCACACGCCGACGCCGGCGUCAUGCAAAACUCUGAAAAAAAGCCACAGCGUCGCGAAGACUUGUGCUGCGCCGAUCAUAAGUGUCAGUUCGGCGGCCGACGACCAGGCGGAGGGGCAAGAGGUGGAGAAGCUGCUGGAGGAGACGCCCGUCGUCUUCCAGCAGGUGGAGCCUCUGGCGCCGCUCGCGGAGCCGGACAGCGAAUCGCCGGCCAGCGAACUGCCUCCGUCGGAGGUGGCAGAAGAGGUAGCAGUUGCGGCAGCCGUUGGAGACGACGCCGAGGCAAGAAGCAACGACGUGUGUCCGUGGGAAGACGAGGAGGCCUGUAAGGUGGACACUCCGUUCGUCAAGACCUACGCGACCCUCGGCUACCUUUAGCAGAAGAAGAAGAUUAACAAGAAAAUUCUAGAGACGGCCUACGCUAUUCGUACACUUCCGUUUUCACCGAACUCACCUUGUCAUCCCAUCCCCACCAGAACGUCUAGUCUAGAAACGUUCCUUCCCUCGCUGCCAAGCAACCGUUUCAACCGUUCCAGAGUUACCAUAUGAGAAAUUUGAGGGUUAGACUGUCAGUUUGACCCGUUGAAUCACUUGAAUCACAACUACAGGUAUAAAAAAGGCUGGAUUAUACCCGGGGGUAUCUCAAGAUGGGGCUCGAGCCCGACAAACAACUUAUAAUACGCGUUUACUCCACUGCAUGAGCUCGGAUCAUAGAAGUUCAUUUGAGAAAUGAACAAUUGGUAACACUGCGCGGAUUCGAACCAUAGAAUCAUCUCAUCAACGCGUUCAGGGUCGACAACGUCUCUUUAUUUGAAAGAGAAAUUUGGUGUAGCGUCUUCGAAUUCGGUAAUUAGGUCAUUCUCAACUGCUCCAAUGGUAUGUGAGAACCCAGAGAUGAGUGUUGGGAUGGCGUGCCAAUCGAAGAUGGACACCGAUGUUGAGCCCUUAGUCCGUCUCCAUUUCAGAUUGACCCAUGCCGACAUUUCGGAUCCAGGCCCGAAUCGGGCAAAUUAUCGCUAUUUAACAAAAAAAAAUGACUAAUCGAUAUAAACGUAGGUAUCUGUUUAAUCUAAUAAUUAUUAUCAUUAACUAAUUACGUGUGGUAGGAGUAAAGAUACAAAAACUUUUUUGAUUGAUUAACGGUGCAGGUUGUCAGUCAAAACUGAAAAAAAAAUUACAAAAAAAAAAAAAAACGUUCGACUCACCCAGUGAAUUAUUGAUGCACAAGUAGUAAAAAAAGCCUAUCUCUCUCUCUGUCGUGUUGAAGUUAGGUUAGCAUUGAUUCGAGAAUAAGUGUCGUAGUUUGUAGUUUUUGUUAUUAACCAUAACUAAGGGGUCCUUGGGUCCAUGUCUUGGGUUUCCACAUCUUGAGGGGCACGAGGGAAGCGGAUAAAUAAUAAUGCCACCUAAAACAAAAAAAACAUUUAAUUUCAGAAACGAAUAUUAUGAACAAAAUUAAGAUCACAAACAGAACAAAACCAGAAAAAAUCGUUCAUAUUAAAUAAGUUUGGUGUAAAAAAACACACUAGAACAAAGAAAAUCAAAAUAAUAUUAUUUACUGAUGGCAAUUUGUUUAAAUCAUAUGACGGAAUUUGUAAUGUUCAUCAUCAACUGAUCAAAGAUAUUUGAUAACAAAAAGCCAAAGCUACACAUUUAAAUCAAUAAGAGAAUUUCAACCGUUUGAACUACUGGUGAAAUUAACUACAGGUGAUUCCGUGGGAUGGAAAAAGGUCACAGAAAAAAAUCAGAGCGAGAUUAAGUAACAGAAAACGUCGAAUCAAAAUGAGUCGAACAAACUCUCGAUCCAAACCAUCUUGAGAUACCUCAAAAAUCAAAAAUUAAACAAGGCAUAACAAAGUAUAAAGUAACAACAAACAAACAAACAAACAACAAGCCAAUAAGACCCCAAGUACGAGAAUUGAAUUCACCGCCAUACUCUAAGAAAAAAAAAAAGUAUACUACGCCCUUCCACAUAAAUUCUCUCACAAACUGUAUCUAUUAAAAGAUCUGAAACUAUUUGUACAAUGAAAUAUUAAUGUUAUUAUUCGUGUCGAUUUUUGGUAUAAUAAUGUUAUAUUUAAUCCUACUUUUCUGGAAUAUUUAAUCGGUGGUAAAAAUAUCAAUAAUGAUAGUAUCGCUUUUGAACGAACUGCAUCCCUUUGUUAUAUCUGCCGGGGAUUUCGAAUUGAAAAAAAAAAAUUAUUCGAAAAAAUAACGGCCUGAUAGGAUCUUUUAAUUAUUGUGUGUAUAUACGUGUAUUAUGGAACGCAGUAAUCAAAAAUGGAUGGAACUGCCUAUGUAGCCAAUGUAUUCGAGUUCUAGCUAUGCAUAUUUGGUUAGAAUGAGAAAUCAGAUCAUUAUAAAGCAACGAGGUUGUAGAAUUUGUAUGUUUUCCAGCUCGAGAAAUUGAGAUUGUUGUGGUAGUUCCUUGGUAAGAUCGGCAACGCUAUUUAUAACAAGCAAGUCUGUUUUUUUCCUCUUUUAAUCAACUUCUAAAUAAUCUGUGGUGAAUGCAAAGAGAGUAUAUUUGUUAGUGAUGUAAAUAGUUUUAUAAACAGUAUUAGCUACCAUAAUUGAAAUGUUACCACUUAAAUGUACUUGGAUUCGUUUGAUUUAUUAGAAUUGUUGAUAGAAAAUGUUAUUACUGUAGUAAAUAAAAUGGAGUACAAAAUUA